AUGGACGUGGCGUCUGGAGUCCAGUUAUACCUGGGAUGGGCAGGUCAGAUCAUUCUGCUUUGGCUGCUGGCCCCCCUGUGGCUGCCCGCCUGCCUCGUCUUCCUGGGCUGCACACUGACAUGGUCGCUGAUCUUCAACUUGCGCAAGGCCAAGUAUGAAUUGAAGAUCACCAAAGAGGUGUUGCCACCCGAUGCAAAGUCAGCCACAGUGACCACGCCGGAUGGUGUAGAGCUGCGCUACUGCACCGCCGUCAUCCGGAAUGAGGGCGGCGGAGUCCCACCACAAGACGCUGAAAAGGUCGUCAUCUUUUGCAAUCCCUUGGGCCAGAAAGGCUUUGCUUCGUGGGGAAGCGUUAUCGCGAGCAUCGCCCAAGCCUGGGGCCCUGGGACGCUCCUCCUUUGCUGGGACUACCGAGGUUUUUUCGAAUCUCAGGACCCGAAGCGCCUUAGAACGGUGGACGUUAGAAAUCAUGCCGAGGAUGCUGCCGUCGUUCUGCGUGAAGUGGUCGGCGAUCGACCCGCGGACCUCCUGGUGGGCCACAGCAUGGGCGUGCAAGUUGGGUUGGAGUUCGCCUUGCUCUUCCCUGACAAGGUGGGAUCUUUGAUCCUCCUCAACGGAACCUACGGCCAAGCACUUCAGACGGGCUUCCAACCCGUGCUCCGGCUUCCCUACGUGGGCGGCUUGCUCAGCAGCGUCAUCUUCUGGCUUCUGGAGCAAGGCCACGAGCAGAUUCUCGAAUCGAUGCGGAUCUGCCUCAACCCCUUCAUCGGGCUCUUCUUCCGCCUGCUGACGCUUCUCUUUGGGAGCCGCGCACUUGCGGAGUUCUACGGCAAGGACUACAUGCACCAGGUGUGGGACCACUACUUGGGUGGGAUUUGCUCCAACACCAAGAGCAUGAAGGCCUUCCUGCGCGGCUUCCAGGUCCUUGAUGCGCAUUCCACAGGCCAUCUCCUGCAUGAGCUUGGGCACCCGACUUUGCUUAUUGCUGGUAUCUGGGACUUCUUGACACCGGCAUACAACAUGGUCACCAUGAAUCGUGCCAUGCGAAACGCUCGGCUUGUUGUCGAUACCCUGUCCGGACACUUCACCUGCCUGGAGCAUCCGGAGCUGGCAAUGGCGGAGGUGAACGAUUUCCUCACUUUCGAGGUCCCGCACUUCAAGAGACUGAGCACCUUUGACUUCGAGAUGCACGCGUAUGAAAGAUUAGCGAUGGCAAUGGCAGGGAUGAGCCGAAAACAGGGCUCUAUGGUGGCCUACCAGGCUGCGUGUGCCUGCUCGGGUGUGAAGGUCAUGACCUACGGUGGGCCAAUGCAGAUUACAAACUGUCACUGCGACGCCUGCCAUGCUGCGACGGGCCACUCGUACGCAAUCUGGGCUGCGUACCCCUUGUCUCGUACUCUCAUCACGGUGAACAGCCCUCUCCGUUCUUUCCGCAUCAGCGAGAACGGUGCUGACCGUUUCUUCUGCGGCCGCUGUGGCUGCAGUGUGGCAAUGCAGUACCACCCAAACUCUGUAUGGCCUGAAUACCACACCCUGUGGCUAGCGCGACACUUUGCAGAGUUGACAGGAGGCUGUGAUGAGGUCCACAUCUUCCGAGAGGACGAGCCCAUGGACAGUGCGCCGCUGCCCACCACCGAGGAGUUUCAGAUGCCUCCCGGACCGCGACAAGACCAAGGGUCUGCGGAGCCGGUAGCUGCCGGUGAAGAGGCUCACUUGCGGAUCCUGGAUCCCAAGUUGGAGUUCCUUCCCCCUAGCGGGUGGCUGGGCGUCCAGCGACCACCCUGGCUGAUGGCUGAAGGGAAAUGA